AUUGAAAGGGACAAUGGUCCAAGCACACAUCUAUUGACUCUAGCUUGACUUGUCUGAGUUCUUGAAAUAUUGUCCAUUUAUUGAAAAAUCAAGAGGGUCUCACAAUUUAUGUACUUUACUUCAUUUAUUUCAAGAUAACAACUUUCUUGUAGAGCUAAAAAAUAUACUGAAGAUGGAAAUCAACUACAAAAGCAUGCAAACAGAAUUUGGGGCAUAAGAUUUUCAAUUCAGUAAGCAGAUUCUAGAGUUAGUUUGUAGGCAUGGAAAAUGAGUGUUCAGAUUCUGUUAAUGGAAAAGAUAAUCAAGAAGUCGACGGCCCAAAGCCCGAAUUUUCCGUUACAAUUGCGGGCCCCACGUUGUUUUCUUCUCCAAGACCUAUAUUUGAGCUUGAUAAUGCUGCAACUAAGGUGCAGAAAGUGUACAAGAGUUAUAGGACUAGACGAAAUCUUGCAGAUUGUGCCGUUGUCGUUGAAGAGCUCUGGUGGAAAGCAUUGGAUUCGGCAGCUUUGGACAUAAGCUCGAUAUCGUUCUUCAACAUAAACGAACACGAAACUGCUGCCUCACGGUGGUAUCGUGCAAGAAGAAGGGCUGCUAAGGUUGGGAAAGGCUUAAUUAAGGAUGAGAAUGGUCAGAAACUUGCUCUGCAUCAUUGGCUUGAAGCUAUUGAUCCUCGUCAUCGCUAUGGACGCAACUUACACUUCUACUACGAUGUAUGGUUCGACAUGAAAAGUUACCAGCCUUUCUUCUACUGGUUGGAUAUCGGCGAUGGCAAAGAAGUAAAUCUUCCGAGCUGCCCGAGGGUCGUCUUGCAACGCGAAUGCAUCCAAUAUCUUGGACCUAAAGAGAGGGAAGCAUACGAAGUGAUUGUCGAAAAAGGGAAGUUAGUGUACAAGCAAAGUGGGAAUUUGUUGAACACAGAUGAGAAUUCAAAGUGGAUAUUUGUACUCAGCACUUCAAAAAAUUUCUAUGUGGGACCGAAAAAGAAGGGUCUUUUCCAACAUUCGAGUUUUCUUUCCGGUGGCGUUACUACCUCGGCUGGUCGAUUAGUUGCUCACUAUGGUGUUCUUGAGGCGAUAUGGCCUUAUAGCGGUCAUUAUCUUCCUACGGAAGACAAUUUCAACGAAUUUGUCGCUUUUCUUGAAGCGAACAAUGUCGACAUGACCAAUGUUAAGAGAUGCACGAUAGGCGAUGACGACGAGUAUAAGGCGGAAAACGCGACGAUAAAGGAACCGAAAACAAUACGAAAAGGCGGAGUGGGAAUAAAUACAAGCAACAUAAAUGCAGCAAAGCUGGAUUUGAACAACAAGGCAGAUUUAAUAACAAGCAAGUGGACAAGUGGAGUUGGUCCUAGGAUUGGUUGUGUGAGGGAUUAUCCAAUUGAGCUUCAAUCUCUGGCACUUGACAAAGUUAAUCUAUCCCCGGCUGAUAAAGUUAUCAAUCCCACGCCUCGUUACUCCAGGACUGAUAAUCCUAUCCCUUCGCCUCGGCCCAGCCCGGAUAUCCGAAUGUCACCUAGGAUUGCUAAUAUGGGGUUUGUAAGUCCUAGGUUGUCUCAUUCAACUUCCAAUUAUUGAACCAUUUUUUACUCAAUUAUUUCAAAAAUUAAACUUUCCCUAGAGUGCUGUGAAUAAAAUGUAACAGUUGAUAUAAAAUAAUUACAUUAAUUUAGCAUUAA